AAAGACGCCAUGAGCAACAGGCCUAGCGAGAGCGAGCUCGCAUGCCAGAAAAGCGAAAAGAUCUCACGUGUCGGAAUCAAUCGCAUGACAAGCGAGGACGCCUUUCGAUCAGCCAUGGAAGUUUCCCGAAAUUUUCCCUUUUUUGAGAGCAGCAUGUUUGACGCAAGUUCUGUCUUCGCCGACCGAGUUCGAAAAACAUAUGAUACUGCUGGUCUGAAGUUCCUUGUGGAGUUCCUUAGCGAGACCAUAGCUAUGUUCGACAAAACCGUUUUCCGUCCAUGCGAUCGGGACGAGCCCCCCUACCUCCUCCUCUACACAAUCCUGUCCAAACUGGCGCUGCUAAGUUUAUACCCAGGAUCACUGGUCAUCUUGCCAGCCGGCACUGAUGAUCCAUUUGCCGACGAGUCUGCACAUCUGGACGCGGAUCUGUUUGAAGAGACCUCAUCCGAUGAAGGAGAACAGGAGUGGGCGGAGGAAUACAGGAAAUCUGCGCCGUACGGUCGUCCGCAGCUUGUUGUCCUCCGUGCACCCCCGGAAAUGAGGGCAUCACGGAAUGUCAAUCUGGAGACAGCUAUGGAGAAAGGCUACAAGGCAGUGAUGCUGGUGGAGCCGGUUAAGCUUACACUCUUUAAAUACGACAUAUGGCAGCCCAUGGCAACAGCUAAAGAGCUGGCGAUCCUGAAUGGCAAGAAAGAUCCGGUGACGGUGCUGCUCACGAAUGCUGAAAAAUGGUAUUUCGCCUCUGUGCAGCUGGUUGGAGAGAUCAGCGAACAAGGACUUCCCCGGCCCACUCGGAACGAGUUCCGGGCAUGUGGUUACCGGUUCCGCCUCUUUGCAUGCAAAUACUUCUCCUGUCUCCUCCUGUAUCCAUUCAUCAUUGGCGGGAGUCCAAAGGCUACGGUUUUCGCCCGCAUACACAACGUGCUGUACCCUGGUGUAGACAUCUCCCAGGUCGCAGCUCAGGUGGAGCGGGGCAGUGAUGCACUUAGAACGCUGGCGGACGAGUGGGUGAAGGCCUGUAUGGUAGAUCUGGAUAGGAGUCAGAAGUUGAAGGACAUGGAGCGGGAGAUGAUGGCCUCAGAGCAAGAGACAAAGGACAUGGAAGAAGAGGAGGAGGCCCUCAAGAGGCAUCAGCUGCAGCAGCAGCAGCAGCAAGGCCAGUAA